AUGGCCAAUAAUCACAACAGUACCGGUGGUGAUUCCUCCACAUUUUUAGAAAGUGUUAACUUCACAGACAAAAAUGUUGCUGACAUUGAACUUUGCACCAGGCAGCAACGAGAUAGUGACAUGUGGAUGGAACAAAGAAAAGGCCGACUGACAGCCUCAAAACACCAUGCUGUUAAGUCAAAGAUGAAUAUUAUUGGGAAGUCUGCUGGUGCACACCCUGUCAAGGUUACACCCCUUGUUGCAGAGAUAUUUGGGCAUGGCAGGGAUAUUUCUUUUGUGCCAUCAGUUAGGCAUGGUCAAAACUCGGAAAGUAAGGCCAUGGAAGAGUUAGUAACUCUUUUGUUACCUGCCCAUUCCAACUUGACUUUUAGGAAAAGUGGUCUGUAUGUUAAAAAGGACCUGCCAUAUAUUGCAGCCAGUCCAGAUGGCAUUCUUACAUGUAACUGUUGUGGACAGACAGUGAUUGAAAUAAAGUGUCCAUAUAAGAUUUUUGGCAAGGUUUCCGUUCAAGAUGGUUAUCAGCAGUUAGAUUAUCUGCAGAGUGAUGGGACUUCAAUCACCUUAAAGGAGUCUCAUCCGCACUAUUUUCAAGUCCAGUCACAGAUGGCUGUGACAGGAAUACAUAGGUCAAUGUUUGUGGUCUGGUCAGGGGUUGGCUGCCCUCUACUUGUGCCAAUAAAGUUUUGUGAGAGUCACUGGCGUUCUCUUCUUCCAAGUCUGGUCAACUUCUUCAAGGCAUAUAUACUGCCUCAUCUUUUUGGUGAAGAAGAGUUUACAUUCUGCCCUGUUUGUUCAGAUAUAUGUUUACCUUGUGGUGAAAUAACAAUUUCUUCUGACAACAGUAUCUGUUGUAAUACUUGUCAGCUUUGGUUUCACUGGAAAUGUGUCAACUUAACCCACAGUCAGGUUCCUGAGGAGUGGUUUUGUGAUUCAUGCUCUGGGGAACAACUCAAUAAUUAGGGUUAUGGUCACCAAAAGUCUUUGGGUGAUGUACUUUUGACAUACCUUACUAAAUUUUCUCAUUACUUUGUAUAAUACUCCGGUGAGUGAAACCUUAUAAUGCUACAUUUUAUUAUGUACAACAUACAGUACUACUAGUACUUAAUUAAAUAGUUAAACAAAUAUAUAUUUGCAGGUAAACAUGUCUUUUAAAUGGUAAGUUAAAUGUCUGUCUGCUAGAGCUGUUACUGCUUUGAAUGUAUGUUAGUCUGCAAAUGCUUAGUAUGUCUUAUGUGUGCUUAUAUAUGCUAUAUGCAUAUUGCUUGUAUUGCUUCAGUUUACUUUGUGCAGUGCUUCAUCAUCUUUACUAGUUGCUUUUCUUGUAACUGUUUGUCAGCUUAAUGCUUUACUUUUAUUACUAACUUGUUUAUACCUAACUUUACUUCUUGUCACCUUUUCAAUAUUAUGCUGCCCUUGGUUUUACAACAGGUGUUGAUGCUUUACUGCAUGCUAGUUUCAUAGGCUUUACUUGUUGCUUUGCUUGUAACAUGUUUGUCAGCUUUAAGCUAUAGUUAUUGCUUUGCUUGUAACAUGUUUGUCAGCUUAAGAUUAACUUGUUGCUUUACUUGUAACAUGUUUGUCAGCUUAAGGCUUUACUUGUUGCUUUACUUGUGACAUGU